AUGGCGCUAGGCUGCUGGAGGACCCCCCUGCUGCUGCUGACUGCGCUGGUCCUGGCGGCCAAGCUGGACCACUUUGAAGGAUGGAAAGGGUUUCAGGAGAAGUCCAUGAGCAAGCAAAACAUGGAUUCAACACUCAACUUCUUCAUGGAAAGCUACAACAAUGCCAGCAACGACUCUUACUUAUUUAAAGUUGACAAGCUCCUCCGAAGCCAGGUGCAGCUGACAACGGGCGUGGAGUAUUUGGUCACAGUGAAGAUUAGCCGGACCAAAUGCAAGAGGAAUGAGAAGAAAAAUCAGACUUGUCACUUUCAAAGCAAGAAGCUGAAGAAGAGUUUCAUUUGUGAUUUCUUGAUAUACACUGUGCCCUGGAUCAAUUUUUAUGAGCUCUGGAACAACUCCUGUCUGGAGGGCUAA